AUGAAUGAUAAACGAAGAUUGGAAUAUAUCAUAAGUUUUCGCAAGGAGAGACUUUCCGAGAUCUUGGAAGAACUUUCGGAAGAAGAGGUGGUGGCCGACAAUAGAAGUGUCAAAAGUGGAUAUAGUGAAUAUAGUGCCUCUAGCGAUGAGACUUCAGACGACGUUUGUCCGAAAUACGACCCUUCUCUCCUCAGGCGAUGUCCAUCGUAUCAAAAAGAGUG